UUGCGAUUAGUCUACGCACCGCUUACAAAGACUUCAGACAAAACUGAGAAAACCUGUGACUCAUUUCUCGAUUUUUGACUCAUCGGAUUGAAAAUAGUCUGUCGAACUGACAUUGAAAGUUGGGAAACACUGUGAGUCAGUGGAUUGUGGCAAUAUUUUUUACUAGAAUCUCGUGCUUAAACCGAAAAAGUGGCUGCAAAAUUUAAACACAGGACGAUGGAGACGACGAUGUAUAAUGACGAUAGCGCUGGUCGAGAAAACACGUUUGGGAGUAAACUGAACAGUAUGAAGCGCUCAAUGACUUUGGAUUUUAACUGUUCAAAUGGAAUUUCAGCCUCUAAGAAACAAAAAAUUCAGACUGCUCUUUUACAGUCACCAGAUCUGAACAUGUUGAAGUUGGCCUCGCCUGAACUUGAAAAAAUGAUUAUUCAGGCCAACGGUAUGGUGACAACAACGCCAACACCAACACAGAUACUUUUCCCAAAGUUUGUGACGGACGAACAGGAAGCGUAUGCUCAAGGAUUCGUGGCAGCUUUGGCGGAACUUCACUCAAAGCCGGAAGAUGAAGAUUACGUUGUUGGAACCACUGCGUCAAUGACUUUAUCAUCAAGUGACGCAUUAAGAAACAUUUUUACAACGACAACAUCUCUUCCAGGAUGCUACAACACAGCGAGCUUGCCGGCCAAGUCGUUACUCAAUGGUUCGCAAACCAUGGUUCAUAUUAAGGAAGAACCUCAAACGGUGCCUUGUGGUCUCAACUCCCCUCCGCCAUCACCAAUCAACAUGGCUAACCAAGAAGUUAUCAAGCUCGAACGUAAAAGAGCGAGAAACCGUGUUGCAGCUAGAAAGUGUCGCACAAGGAAACUGGAAAGAAUUGCCCGACUUGAAGAUAAAGUGGCAGAAAUAAAAGGACAAAAUAAUGACUUGUCUACCCAGGCGUCGAAACUCAGGGACGAAGUGUGUAAAUUAAAGCAAACAAUCAUUGACCAUGCAAACAGUGGAUGCCAGAUUAUGAUGUCACAUAACAUUAAUAUGUAAUUGUGGAAUUGUGUAUAAAUUAGGAUAUUUUAAUUGGAUUGGAACGGGUUAUGGACCAUUGUUUAUGUCAAAAUAUUUGGAUAAAUGGCCAGAAUCCUAGCAUAAUUUCAUUGUUAUGUAUAAUUCUCUGUUUAAAGUUGCACAAAACUUCAACUAUAAGGACAUUUAUGAUUUUCUUAAUUAUUUGUUUAUUGAUGUUGGCAAUAAUGUUAAUAGUUAACAACAUUUUUAGGUGUAUAACAAUUGAUUAUUAUACCAUGUGAAUGUUUUUUAACCAAGUUUGUGGAAGCAAGAAUUUUUUUCUCAAGUUUCUGUUAUUUUUUCGAAAUGUUCUAUUCAAAGUACAGUAUACAAUAACUAUUAAAACAGAAAAACACAUGGUAUGAUAUUCAUAUAAUAUAAGUUAAUGGGUCAAAGGUAUUGACUACAAAAUAGCUUAAUUUGUGAAUGUUUUUGUUGUAUGUAUCAUUUAAAAUCGCCAAUCAUUUCAUAUACAUGACGAACAUUCAUUCAUUACACAGCAUAAAUGAUCAUUCUCAGCCAUUCGUGUAAAAGGUGCUUUAAAUAUUGUUAAUGCUUGUUUUUAUAUGUUUUUAUUAUGAUUUUUAACAAGAUCUUUUUAAGAAUAAAAAAUGGAAACUAUAAAAACCUCUGUCUGAUUUGCUUUGAUGAUUUUGAACUUUGUUUCAAUAAUACAACUCAAAGGUGAUGAUGACGAUGAUGAUGAUGAUGAUGAUGAUGAUGAUGAUGAUGAAAAGGUUAAUCAAGAUGAUGAAAAGGAUAAAGAUGAUGACGAUUACGUAUUCAAAGCCUCAAUUUUAUUGAUAUUCACCUUUCUUCAACUUGAACAUGAUGGUGAUCACAAAUAAUCAAUCACGAUAAUAAACUUAAAGAUCUCGAAACUUUCAAAGGGACUUGUUCACAGGUUUUAUGUUCGUGACAACUUCUUUUAAACUUGUUUAAAUUGAUGUUUUUACCUACUUUGAUUAAAAAACAUCAAAUAGCAAAUGGCAGAUACUCUUCAAACAGAAUUUGUAUUUUUUAGCUGAAAAUCGUUCAAUCUUGAUAGCUUUACUGACAACUUUUGGCAAAACAUGCCAUUUAAUGUCGGAUUUCAGUAUCUGUCUACAUUAGCUGUUUAUUUGAACUUAAGAUGGUGUUUCAUCAUUGUUACACGCAUAUAAUUCGCUCACAUUUCUCAAGAAAUAAAAAUAAAGAUGGCUGACCCUUUAAAACGUGGACAAGUUUCUUAAAAGCUGUUUAUUUACUUAAAUACAAACAUACUACUAAUAGGCACACUCAGUGAUACAAAUUACAGCGUACAUGUAUAUAUGAUUGUCGAUUUCACUUUCACACUCGACAAAUUUAAAGUUUCAGUUUUGUGGGAAUUUCGUUUUGCCGUACAGUUUUAUAAUUAUCUGUGAGCAAUAAAUGUAUUGCACCCAAAACCAAAGUUGCAUAUAUGUCUUAAAGAAACUGAUAAAAUGAUGUCAAUAAACAUGUAUUAAAAUGGG